AUGGCCGAACCGGUUAUCUUUGUCAUCGACGACGACGAUGAUGAGAUCAUCAACCCUCCCAUGAACCCUCCUGUCAACCCUCCCAACAACGCCCAGAAUCAUGCGCCCCUCAACACGCUUAACAACAUCGACCCCCGUCGUUACGUUGCGCCUCCGCUCACACUGGAGUAUGUGUUGGGUGACCCAAAUGUUGUUGCAGCUCGACCUGUCCCUGGCAGCUCGACCUGUCCCUGGCAGCGCCGACUACCACGAGCAGCUGACCAGGGAUGA